AUGAUCACAAGGGAAUAUGUCUUCCUGUUUCUGGUGGGAACCUGUUUCCUGUUGGACUACAGCUCCCAGACCCCCCUGCAAGCUGAGCUCCAAAGCAGGACUAAGGCUGGAGCGAUGUCAGCCAGGGGGGGGGGCGGAGGUAAGAGAAUGAGGGCUUUGGGGGACGUCCCGUCUCUGGAAGACGGGACGAGGCUGGGGAGACGUGGGAGGUGGAAGCUCCAGCGGAACAAGAGAGGAUGGGUGUGGAACCAGUUCUUCGUCCUGGAGGAGUACAUGGGCUCUGAUCCACAGUAUGUUGGAAAGCUCCACUCAGACAUGGACCAUGGAGACAGCGCAGUGAAGUACACUCUGUCAGGAGAGGGGGCGGGGUCUAUCUUCAACAUUGACCAGAUCACAGGAGAUAUCCAUGCUCUGGUGGGGCUGGACAGGGAGGUAAAGUCGUACUACACACUGAAGGCCCAGGCGGUUGACAUGCACACAGGCCUCCCUCUGGAGCCUCAGUCUGAGUUCAUCAUCAAGGUGCAGGACAUCAACGACAACGAGCCACGGUUUCCCGACGCUCCCUACAGCGCAAACGUUCCCGAGAUGUCUCCAACAGGAACCUAUGUGACCCAGGUGACAGCCACAGAUGCAGAUGACCCCACGUACGGUAACAGCGCCCGCAUCGUGUACAGCAUCCUUCACGGCCAGCCGUACUUCUCUGUGGACCCCAAGACAGGAGUGAUCAGGACUGCUCUGGCCAACAUGGACCGGGAGAUAAAAGGGGACUACCAGGUUCUCCUCCAGGCCAAGGACAUGGGAGGUCUGCUGGGGGGGCUGGCCUCCACCACCACCAUCAACGUUACCCUUGGAGACGUCAACGACAACCCGCCUCGCUUCGCUAAGAGUAUUUUCCACCUGCGGGUGCCAGAGUCUGCGUCCGUGGGCUCGGCAGUCGGAGGGAUUCGAGCCUACGACCCGGAUGCUGGUGCCAAUGCAGAGGUGGAUUAUACCAUUGUUCCAGGAGAAGAGGGCAACAUGUUUGACAUCAUCUCUAGUGGCCAAAGUCAAGAGGGAAUUGUAGUCUUGAAAAAGACUCUUGACUAUGAAACCAAGAAGUCGUACACCUUCAAGGUGGAGGCGUCCAACGCUCAGCUGGACCCCCGUUUCCUCCACCUGGGGCCCUUCAGGGACUCUGCGACAGUGAAGGUGAGCGUCCUGGACGUGGACGAGCCCCCUGUGUUCGUCCAGCCGUCCUACUCUCUGGAGGCGUACGAGGACACGCCCCCAGGGACCAUCGUCGGCUCGGUGACGGCGCAGGACCUGGACGCCAGCAGCAGCGCCGUCAGGUAUUCCUUGGAGUGGCAGACAGAGUCCGACAGCUGUUUUGACAUUGACACUGUUGAAGGAACCAUUUCCACCAAUGACUUUCUGGACAGAGAGACAGCAGAUCAGCACAUUAUCACUGUUGUGGCAACCAAAGUCAGUAACCCCACGCUGUCCACUAAAGCCCCGGUGACAGUGGACGUACUGGACGUGAACGAGUUCCCCCCCGAGCUGGCCCCCCCCUCACAGACAUUUGUGUGUGAAGACUCCAGAGUGGGACAGGUGAUCCAGACGCUGAGCGCCCUGGACAGAGACCGCCCCCCCGUGGGACAGAGGUUCUUCUUCAAGGCCCCCAAAGAGCUGCGCAACAGGAACUUCACUGUGCGGGACUUUGGAAACAACACGGCUGGCAUCGUGACUCGACGCUCGGGCUUCCAGCGGCGGCUGCAGGAGGUUUAUGUUCUUCCUGUGGUGGUGGAGGACAGCGGGUACCCUGCCCAGAGCAGCACCUCCACCCUCACCAUCAGAGUGUGUUCCUGCGGGGCGGGGGGCUCGCUGCUCGCCUGCUCCGCCGAGGCCGUCUUCCUGCCUGCGGGUCUCAGCACCGGAGCUCUGAUGGCCGUUCUGUUGUGUGUGGCUCUGCUGAUCGUCAUUGCAGCAUUAUACAUGGGCCAGAGACGCCGCAAAGAGAAAGAGACUCUGAUGACAUCAAAAGAGGACAUCCGCGAUAAUGUUAUUCACUAUGACGACGAAGGUGGCGGCGAGGCUGACACUCACGCAUUCGAUAUGGGCACUCUGCGCAACACACACUCCCAGCGCACCAGCGCUCACAGCAGCAUCUCCAAGAAGGAGAAGAACGGCUAUGGAGACGGCGUCCUGCUGCAUCUCAGCAGCCGCGUCGACAACGUACGGUCACCUGACAUCCACCGUCAGACAGCCAGUGUCAUCGCUGCCAAGAACAACAAGGCGCCGCCAACCCCUCCCCGCGGCAAAGUGACUGAAGGCGAUGCUAUAAUGAUCAGGGAGUUCAUCACACAACGGUUGGAGGAGAGUGAGCAGGGUUACGCCGCCCCACCCUAUGAUUCGUUGGCGACAUACGCCUACGAGGGUUGCGGCUCGGUGGCUGGCUCGCUCAGCUCCAUAGAGGAGUCCUGGGUUAUUGACGAUUCGGGGGAAUUUAGCUCCCUUGGUGACUGGGGACAGCCGUUUAAAGCCCUGGCUAGCAUCAUGGACAUGAAACCGUCUACUCUGACUGAGGAGAGCUGAGAGGGAGCUGCAUGGCAAAGACAAUUUGGGAGGCCGGGUGGGAAUUAGCUUACUUUUUCUAAUCAUGUUUUUUACUGUGACAGGCACUGGCUUUAUAGAAUAUGUUUAUGUGAAGUUGUGGACUGGCUCGAGAAUUUAGCUACA